CCGGAACGGAAUCUGGGAUGGCUGGCGACGACGAUCACAAUCCCCUGACACAGUACGAGGAUCUCAGUAUUAUCAAAGAAGCUGAGAUAGCAAAGAAGCAAACAAAACAGAUUUCUGCCCGUCAAGCGCAAUACAAUGUGGACAAUGAUCUUUGGGAAGCCAACCGAAUGCUGACUGUCGGUGUUGCAACGCGUAAAACAACUGAUCUGGACUUUGAGGACGAGUCGGAAUCUACACUACUCGUCAUGGUCCACGAUCUUAAACCACCUUUCCUAGACGGACGUACGGUUUAUACCAAACAGCUAGAUCCCAUGAAUCCCAUAAGGGAUCCAACUAGUGACAUGCCAAUAUUCUCCAAAAAGGGCAGUGCCCUUGUUAAAGAGAAGAGAGAGCAAGCAGAACGUGCUAAAGCCGCUGCCAAACUUGCCGCGCUGGGUGGAACUUCCUUGGGUAACAUCAUGGGUGCUAAGGAUGAAGAAGCUGAGGUCGAAGUUAUCGUUAUUUCUUCCUACAGCGAGGCGGAAAGGCCAGAAAAGGAAGCCAAGGAGAAGGGAGAAGACAAUUACAAGGCUGACUCCACUCCAAAUUUGCUUCGCACCUCAAGUCCUCUACUGGUGUCAGCGCCUUUGCUAGAUCCCGGACAUGAAAGGAACAAAGAGAGUAUCUUCCUGCAUUCGCAUGCAGGGAAGACUAAAUGGAGAUUAUCAGAGAAAAUCAAGGUCGUUAUCAUUGCCGUCGGAGAGAACCGGUCAGGGAAAACGACACAGUUAGCCCAAUUCCUGUAUGAGCCUGAUGGACACUGUCAGCAUGGCAUCGUAGGAUGUACUCAACCUCGGCGUGUGGCUGCUAUGUCGGUAGCUCAACGUGUUAGGGAAGAAAUGGAGUGUAACCUGGGAUUGACUGAAGGCUACGCGAUCCGGUUUGAAGACUGUACAUCGGCAGAAACCAAGAUCAAAUAUAUGACUGACGGUGUACUGCUCCGAGAAUCAUUGAACGAGGGAGAUUUGGAUCGAUACAGCGUCAUUAUCUUGGAUGAAGCACACGAACGGUCAUUGAGUACUGACGUUCUAAUGGGCCUGUUGUGCAAAAUUCUUUCGCGUAGAAGAGAUCUUAAACUGAUCGUGACGUCUGCCACCAUGAACUCUGAGAAGUUCUCGAACUUCUAUGGGACUGCUCCAUGCUUCACAAUUCCCGGUCGCACCUUUCCUGUCAAGAUAUUCCACUCCAAAUCCCCUUGUCAAGAUUACGUCGACAGCGCAGUCAAACAGAUGCCUGCGGACUUGCAGGCAAAAAUUUUCGAGGCUACAAGUGGAUGGAUGAAGAAAGUGGAUGGUAUUCUCUACGUUGUUGACGCCGGGUACUCAAAAUUGAAGGUUUAUAACCCGAAGGUGGGAAUGGAUGCGCUGCAGAUUCCUCCUAUCAGUCAGGCAAACGCGGGUCAGGGGACUGGUCGCGCUGGUCGGACAGGCAGCGGGUUCUGUUACCGCCUAUACACCGAGAUGGCAUAUCGAAACGAAGUGUUCGAAAACACCAUUCCUGAAAUUCAAAGAACGAAUCGUGCGACCACUAUCCUACUGCUCAAUUCGAGCGUGUUCUAUCGGCCCAAAGAACGGAUGGAAGAGGCUGACGCUGCCCGGGAGAAGUUCAAUGUGCCAGAGAGUGACCAUCUCAAACUAUUGAAUGUUUUCAACCAAUGGAAAAGUCAUGGCUUCCGUGACGAAUGGGGGAUGCGCCACUUUUUGCAUCCAGAUCUCCUUCGAAAAGCCCGAGAGGCCCGUGCUCAGCUCGAGGAUAUUAUGAAGUUUCAGAAGAUGGAAAUCGUUUCUGCUGGAACUGAUUUCGAUGUGAUCAGGAAAGCGAUCGCCGCCGGUUACUUUCACCAAGCUGUCCGAGUCAAAGGAAUUGGGGAAUAUUCGUUCAGGACUCCCAACAUAUUUGCAUCCAACCAGUACGGCCUUGGAUAUACCCCCAGUUAUGUUGUUUACCACGAACUUAUCUUAACAUCGAAAGAGUAUAUGACCCAAGUGACUGCGGUCGAUCCGUAUUGGUUUGCUGAGUUUGGAUCGGUGUUCUACUCUGUCAAAGAAAAGAAUUUUGAUCAGCUUGGUAACAGGCAAACUGCAGAUCGCGAAUUCUCCAGAAAACUGAGCUUGAGACCGAGAUGGCUAGGCAACGGGAAGAGUGAGAACACCCUCUUAAAUGCCUCGGAAGAAGCACUAGCAGCGAAGACUGUCAGUAGCAGUAGUCCGAAGAUGAUUGUUCCUGGGACACCUCGACAAUCCGGUAUUGGGGCUGGUUCAAGAGUCAGUCAGACACCUAGGAAAAGCACGGGUUGA